AAUGGAUAAGAUCUUAUCUAUUCUGCGGUUAAAUGAUAAUAACAAUUCUACAAUUUUUUCUACAGUGGUCUUAUUAAUUCUUGUAAAUAAAAUUUAUAAGAUUAAAUGGAUUUAUCAUUAUUUUGUUACUCAAUAUUAUAAUUUACUAAUUUAUUUAAAAGUUUAAACUAUAUUUGCACUACGAAAUUUAUCAAAUUAUUUAUUCAAAGAGUGAAUAUUAUUAUGUUAUGUUUUUAUCAUAUGCAUAGUGUUCACAUGAAUAGUUUAUAAAUAAAGUAAUAGGUAUAUGAGUUUCAUCAAUAUAAAUGAAGAAUCAGUAAUGUAUAUGUUGAAACGAAAAUAAUCGUAAAAAUGGGAGGUUUGCCUGAAGAAUUUUUCAAAUCAUUUCGUUCUCACACUAUUUAUCCAACCGUAAAUGACAUUGAUUUUGUGAAUUCACUUCCAUAUAAUCUUGAUAAAGGUCCAUAUAAAUCUGAAGAACACUAUUUAGAUACUCAAUUUAAAUUAUUGCGUGAAGAUUUUAUUUAUCCAUUAAGAAAAGCAGUCCAAUAUUAUCGUAAAAAUAAAAAUGCAGAUGGUACUCACUUAGUAGUGAAUAAUGUUCAUUUUGAUGGAUCUAGAGAAUUUGUUGGUAAUAAACUAGGUUUAAUUUUUAAGUUUGAUCCAACUCAUUUUAAUGUAAAUUUAUUUAUUAAUGGCUUCCUAUUACUGUUUUCUAAGGAUGACUUUAAUACUUUUUAUACUGGACUUGUUUUAAAAGAUGAUAAAGAUAAUCUUAAUUCUGGUAUUUUACAUGUUGAGAUGCUUAGCGAAUUAGAUAUUAUUCCUAACACAACCUUCUUAAUGGCUCAGUAUGAACAGUUUUAUGUACCUUAUAAUUGGACUCUUAAAGGAAUUCAACAAAUGAAUACUCAACAGUUUCCAAUGAAAGAAUACAUUGUAGAAGCCAAAAACAUACCUAGUACACCCAAAUACUUAAGAGAUUCAAAUUUUCAAAUUUAUGAUCUUGAUGAUUAUAGAUUUAAUAUUUUGAAGGAUGAAGAAUGGCCAUCAGAAGUGUAUUUACAGCAGGAAAGUACUCAGUUCAAUGCUUUUAAAGCAGCUUUAACUGAAGAAUGUGUAUUGAUUCAAGGUGCAUCAGGAACAGGUAAAACUUUUAUAGGCCAGAGAAUUGUUAAAACUUUAAUUGAAAAUUUGUAUGUUAAUAGUCGUUUAAAAAACCCUAUAGCAAUUAUUUGUAAUAAUAAUCUUACCUUAGAUCAUUUUUUAAAAGGAAUACUUAAGUUAUCAGAUAAACUUAUUAGAAUUGGUAGUCAAUCAAAGCAUAAUAUUUUAAAAAAACAUAGCUUAAAAGAAAUAGUAAAACUUCAUAAUUUAAAAAUUGACAACGAAUUAGAAUCCUGUAUUAAAUCUAAAGAAGAAGACAUUUUAAAGUAUUAUAAAAAAUGUGAUCAGUUGUAUGAAGGUAUUUUAGAUUGGAAUAUUUUAAAACAAGUAAUACCAGAAGUAUCAAGUACAACAUUUACAGAUUCAUGGGAUUUUUUGAAUUGGCUAUUUCAUCCUUUUUCUGUCGAUAAAAUAAUGAAAAAAAAUUCAUUUAAUUACCAAUAUGAUCAACAUUGCUUAAAACCUAAUGAUAUAAAGCAAUGCUUGCUAGAAUUAACUGAAGAAGUGACCAAUGGUAGUGAGUAUCAUUCACUAAAAAUAACACAGCAUAUAUCAAUUUUAAAGAAGUUCCUUGAUAAUUUUGAAGCUAUGUUGACAUUUAAUUAUCUUCAUCUUCAAAAUGACCAAAUAUAUGUUGAUGAUUUACAUUUAGUGCCAGCUAAUCAAAGGUGGACUUUAUAUUAUCAUUGGAUACAAAGAAUUGUAAAAACAUAUAAAAAUAUGAUAAACAAAAUUUGGAUUGAAUACAUUGAAUUGUAUAAAAGACUUGACAAAAAUAGGCUAACUCAGACUAUGGAUAUAUUUGAAGGGAUAUAUGUAAUAGGCCUGACUACAACUGGAGCUGUAAAAAACAAAGAUUUAUUAGAAUAUUUAAAACCACCUAUUGUUAUUAUGGAAGAAGGAGCUGAAACCUUAGAACCUUUUAUUGUUGCUGCUUUAACGGAACAUGUACAACAUUUGAUUAUAAUUGGUGAUUUAAAACCUGAAAGGCCAAAACUAUCAUCUUACAGUUUAGCCAAAGGUUAUAAUUUUAAUCAAACAUUGAUAGAUAGAUUAAUUAAUAAUGGUAUGCCUUUAUAUCAACUAACUAAACAAUUCAGAAUGCGACCAGAAAUUCUAUCAAUUGUUUUACCAUGUUUUAAUCAAAAAUUAAAAAACAGUGAACUAACUAAAAAUUUACCAAGUGUUAAUGGAAUUUCUAAAAAUGUUUUUUUUCUUGAUCACAAUUGCAUUAAGGAAUAUGAUUUUAGUAAUAAUACAAAUUUACAUGAGGCUAAUUUUUUGAUUAGCCUUGCAAGAUAUCUUCGUCUUCAAAACUAUAAAUCGGAAGACAUUUUAAUUUUGACAUCUCAUAAAAAUCAAGUUUUACUAAUGAAUAAGCUAAAAGAAGAAUCUUCACUCGUAUCUGAUAUUAAUGUGUCUUUAGUUGACAACUGUGCAAUUAAUGAAUGUGAAAUUGUAUUAUUAUCAACAAUAUAUAACAAACAAGAUUCUUGUUAUUGGAAACAUGAAAAUAGAAUAUACUCUUCUCUUACUAGAGCUAAAAUUGGAUUGUACAUUAUAGGAAAUAUUAACAAUCUUAUUACCCAAAAUGAUCUUUGGAGUUCAAUUUAUAGUUCUUUGAAAAAUCAAAACAGUUAUGGAAGUGAUUUAACUUUAGAAUGUUCAAUACAUUAUGGUACAUUCUCAAAAGUUACUACUCAUGAAGAUUUUGUAACAAAUAAAUGUAAAAAGCCUUGUCUUCAUCAACUAAAAUGCAAACAUUACUGUUUAAGUAGCUGUCAUGUUCGCGAUCGUGAUCAUAGUUAUAUUUUCAAGUGCAAAAAUAUUAAUUGCAGAACUUCCAAAUCACUUAUACGAUAUCCCUUGAGAGAUAUUCUGUUAUUAUUAUGGGAAUAUAGUAAGAAUAUUAUUUAUGAAAUCAUCAGUCAACCAAUUUGAAAUCAUUAGUUUUGUUUGACGGCUUAGAAUUUGAACAUUUAUAACAAGGAUUUAUUUAUUUUAAUCUAGUCAAAGUCGAUUAUUAUUUAUUUUAUUUAUCUUGUAUUAACUAGUCAUAUAAUAUUUUCAGUAUUAAAAUUAAAUACAAAUCCAUA